CUUGACAAUGACGCCAAUGGCGGCAAUAUGAGACCCUUACCGCCGGGUCAAGAUGGAGUCGACUACUGUAAAAUCCGCAGAGACCGAAACCACCACCACCAUCACCACCACCAUCAUCACAACAAUCACCACGGCGUUGGCGGCGGCAGCGGUGGCGGCACGUUGCGCCGGUCGUCGGCAUCGUUGUUGGAACCACCGUCUCCCGCCGAACGGUACCACGGCACCAUCGAGGGUCAUUACCGUUUGCAUGACCUGGCGCUCGAUCGGUACGUCCCGCCACCGUCCCCCGAACGGUACUCAUCGGGCGCAUCGUCGGCCGGCCGGUCGUACCAACAACAACACCAUCACCAGCAGCAGCUGCCGGACGAUAGGUACUCGUCAUCGUCGUCGUCGUCGUGCCAUGGCGCCGUCGUCGGAACAGGAAGUGGUAGUGGUGGCGGCGGCGGCGGCGGCCGCAACCACUAUCUUCCGGUAUCGCAGAGUACGUCUGAAAGCUUCAUGUCACCGCCGUCGCCGGUGGCCGAACGGUUCGACUAUGCCGCGCGUCACCACGAUAGUUACGCCACCUCAGCCAAACGUAACGAAUCCGCUUAUUCCAGGUACCACAUACCGGCCGAGAGGUUUGUUCCCAUUGUUUCUCCUGACGAUGGUUACGACGGCCACUACGACCGGUGUGACGACGCGGCAUAUAGCUCCCGGAAAGAGGCAGCCGCACUGUACUCGAGGGCGUCGGCGAUCGUGGAUGCGAUGCCUUCUUCGGCUGCCGCGCUGUCCAGGGCGUACGCGACAGCCACCCUGAGACCGUCGAACCGCUGCUGUACUGGCCCGCUGUACAGCAGCAGUGGCAGUGGCGGCGGCGGCGGCGGCGGCGGGUGUGGUUACCAGUACGGCACCGUCAGUCGAUCGCGGUCUCCCAGGGAUCUAUCGCCUUCCGGAUUGGUCAGGCAGCAAGCCACCCACUUGUCUUCCACAGGGUCACCGGCAAAAGGUCCCACGAACAACAACAACAACGGUGCAGGCAACAACAUCAUCAACAACAACAACAGCGCGUGCCUGGUACAGUAUGACGCGCACUCGGCCACGCUGCCCCGGUGUAGUAGCGCCAACGUUGUUUGUGCCGGACAAAACAGUUACGACGAACCGGCGGCCGCYAAUUACGGUGGCRCGCACGCGGCCACGCGCCGCAUAUCGUCGUCAUGCAUCAGGGAGAGUUCGGCGCUGGCGUGCUGUUCGACGGCCGCUUAUUCCGGUCACGCCGCACUGUCCGGCGUCAAGAGCUCGGCGGUCGCGACGUCAACGGCUGCGACGACGGCCACGUCCAGCUCGUCGGCCGUCGCCGCAGCAGUAGCAUCAGCAGCGGCGGCAACUUCCACACCAUCCACCGCAACCCAAGCUUCCGGCAGCGGAAGUGGCGGUGGCAACAACAACAAUAACAACGCACACUGCCCUCCGGCUCAACCUAACAACGCUUCUUGGAAACCUGGGUUUGCCAAAGGGUUGACUAUUCAAGGUCAAACAAACUCAAGAUCUCCACCACUCUCCAUAACUUCAAGCCCUGGAUCCAUUCAAUCAUCUAGCAGUUCAAGCAGUGGUGUCCAUUCAGCUCCACCAAACAUGGAAUCCGCGGCUGAMCACAAAUAUGACCCUCCAUUUAGGUCUAUGUCGGCUCCUGCACCCAGUAAUUCGCAACCGUCAUCUUCAUCCACUGAAGUGACUACUGAUAAUUCUGAGGAAACUGCUAGUACAUGUACUGUACCUGCCAACAGCAGUGGUUCAGACCAGCCAAAUAGUCCUCCAUCAGAAACUGUUUAUCAACCAAAGAACAUACACCAUCAAACGUCUUUACCAAUUUUAUCUUCAAAUAUAAUGCAUAAUAAACAUCGAACAUUUCACAGAUCUACAUCUAAGACAGAAGCUGUAAAAAACUUCAUUAAAAGAGAAACAGCUAUGUUUUUUGGACUUGAUGAAGAAUUUGAGGAAACUGAAAAACUUAAAUGGCUAGAUAGAAGAAAACGUCUAGCUACUAGAAAAUAUGGAGAGUUGAAAAAUGAAUACAUUAAUUCUGUAAAUGAAAUUCCCACAACUCAAAUUGCACAGCCUGAUGUAUUACAGUCUAGUCGAGAUAUUGAUGAACGAGAUAGUGCCACCCGUGUUCAACCUUUAGGAAGGAAACCAUCUGUCGCUAAAUUAACAUUAAGCGGAUUAUCUUUUGUUGUUUCGAAAACACUAAGUCGUAAAAAAAAAAUAAUAGCAACACCUAAUGAAUGGUCUCGAAGUUAUCCCUCGUCUGUCACAUCUGAUGCUCCAACAAUCUCAUCUCAAAUGACUGAUGAUGUGUUUUUUGAUCGACUCUCCUCGGAUAGCGGCGACCAAGGAAUAGAACAAGAAGUCGUGGAUUCUGGUCGAAAUUAUGAAAGUUCAAUUAGACAACAUUAUAAAAAACCACAUCAAAAUUUUAGAAGGUAUUCUAGCUGGCAAAGAAAUCCAUCUAGAAGAGUUGAAGAUGAUCAUAUGCCAAACAUUGGUAUGGGUAGAAUUUGGGGCAGAGUAUUGGAUAGAGCAUUUGAUAACUCUGAUAGAAGGCAAUAUGGAAUGGGUUUUAUUGGAAGAGUAUGCAGACGUUCUUUAAACAAAACAGUUGUAAACAGAAAGGAUGUAAAGCAACAACUUGAUGAUUUAGAAGAUCACAGGCCAUUUUUUACUUAUUGGGUUACAGUAGUUCAAAUUUUAGUGCUAUUUUUAUCAAUAUUUUCCUAUGGUCUUGGACCUUUUGGUAUUGAUCUCAGUCACCAAUCUGGCGCUGUCAUGGUCACUAGCUUAUCUGUACAAAUCAUUGAAUACAUAGAACCUUCUAAUUUUUGGAUAGGACCACGAGCGGCGGAUUUAAUACAUUUGGGCGCUAAGUUUGCCCCUUGCAUGCGAAAAGAUAAAAAUAUAAUGAAAGAAAUUGAAAAAUGGCGGGAAAAAGAGAGAGAAACUGCUUGUUGUAUCAGAAAUGAUGACUCUGGGUGUAUUCAAGCGUCAAAAGAACAGUGCACAUUUUUAAUACCAUCUCACAAACGUCUCACGGAUUGGGGUGGUGGAAGUGGUGGAGGUGGAGGAGAUGGAGAUAAACCCCCUUCGACAUCAAUUUCUAAGUGGAAAAAAUGGUCAGAAGUGGAAUCAGGACCGGGAGGAAGAAUAUCUGGUUCUGUUUGUGGCUUGGAUCCAAAGUAUUGUGAAGCUCCUGCAUCUAUAGCUCCAUUUGAAUGGCCUGACGAUAUAACAAAAUGGCCAAUUUGCCGUAAGAUGAGCGGUAGAGGUAGUGCACGACGUAGCAAUUGGGGUAGUCCAUUGAUUCAAAAACUGACAUCUGCUGAACACAUGAUUUGCGAAGUGAUAGGGCACCCAUGCUGUAUAGGAAUACAUGGCACUUGUCGAAUAACUACAAGAGAAUAUUGUGAUUUUGUACAUGGUUAUUUCCAUGAUGAUGCAUCAUUAUGCUCUCAAGUUUCGUGCCUAAAUGAUGUGUGUGGUCUCAUACCUUUCUUUUCUCCUGAAAUUCCUGAUCAAUUUUACAGAUUGUGGAUAUCACUUUUUAUACAUGCAGGUAUUCUUCAUUUAGCAACCACAAUCGUGAUACAGUAUUUUUUGAUGAGAGAUUUAGAAAAAUUGACUGGAUCUUUAAGAAUAGCUUUAAUCUAUUUGGGUUCUGGAGUGGCAGGUAAUCUCGGCAGUGCAAUAUUUGUGCCUUAUAGAGCUGAUGUGGGCCCAGCCGGUUCCCAAUUUGGCCUUUUGGCGUGCCUUAUAGUUGAAGUAUUGAAUUGUUGGCCUAUGUUAAAGAGGCCCGAGCAGGCGCUUUCAAAACUAUUAGCUAUCACAUUCCUGCUGUUUCUGCUCGGGCUACUGCCUUGGGUGGACAACUUUGCACAUCUGUUUGGUUUCAUUUUUGGAUUCUUAUUGUCUUAUGCAUUGUUGCCAUUUGUUUCAUUUGGACCAUAUGACCGUCAGAAGAAAAUCUUCCUGAUCUGGGUGUGCCUGUUAUCUGCGUUGUUCCUGUUCUUGUUGUUGUUGUUACUGUUCUACCUGAUACCAAUGUAUGAUUGUGAAAUGUGUAGCUAUUUCAAUUGUAUACCCAUAACUAAAGACUUUUGCGCCAAUCAGAAUAUUAAUUUUAAAAAAGAUGAUUAUACGGUAUGACAAAUGUGGUGGCGACGGUGCAAGACCGCGCAUACGUUAGUGACGACAUUUGCGAAUUGUUUUGUGACUUUAGCCACCUCCUGUAAAAUGCUUGAGGUACUCGUUGAUAUUUAUGCUCUCUUUUCAGUGGUAAAAAGGAAGAAUAAUAAACAUAAUAAAAUUAUUAUAGUUUUUAAGAAAUUUACUUACUCAGUUUCAUGUUAUUGUGCAAAGAGAUCAUUAAAAAAAAUCAAAUUGUAUUGUUUCUAAUAAGUUAUAUUAUUUACAUUAAUAAUGUAUGUUACAUAUUA